GAAAAAAACACAAGAACAAUGGCAUAUAACAUAACAUAACAACUAUUUUAUAAAUGAAUUGAACAAAACUCAAGACAGCAUGUACCUGCUUCAUGUUCCUUCACUCACAUCAUUCCAAUCAAAAACACUUCCAAAGAUCAUAAAUCUCUCUGUACUCUCUCUGUGUGUCCCCCCCUCAUGAUAUGAUCUGAUUUUCCUAUUAUGUUUAGUAAUCAUGAUCAGUCUAUUUAGUUUAAGUUCUCAUUAUUCAAACCCUACUUGCCAAACCAGAUCCUUUUUAUGAAUAUGAAUCCUCAUCAUGGUGGAAUGAAGGAGGAAUUUGUAGGAGGAAGUUCUUCCUUUUCUGUGGUUGGUGAACCUCAACCAAGGGAAGGACUUCAUGAAAAUGGUCCUCCACCAUUCCUCACAAAAACAUAUGAUAUAGUUGAUGAUCCUUCCACAAAUCAUAUAGUUUCAUGGAGUACAGGGAACAAUAGCUUUGUUGUUUGGGAUCCUCAAGCCUUUUCCAUUAUUCUUCUCCCUAGAUUCUUCAAGCACAACAAUUUCUCCAGUUUUGUCAGGCAACUUAAUACCUAUGGGUUUAAAAAGGUUGAUGCAGAUAGGUGGGAAUUUGCUAAUGAGAUGUUUCUAAAAGGACAAAAAAUCCUUUUGAAGAACAUUAGAAGAAGAAAAGCAAAUCAAUCUCAAGUAAUGCAAGCACUAGACCCGUCAUGUGUUGAGCUGGGAAGGUUUGGAUCAGACGGAAUCGAAGUGGAUCGGUUGAGGCGCGACAGACAAGUUCUAAUGGUUGAGUUGGUGAAACUUAGACAACAACAACAGAAUACUAGAACUCACCUUGAAGCAAUGGAAGGAAGGCUUAAAAGAAGUGAACAAAAACAAAAACAGAUGAUGAAUUUCUUGGCAAGGGCAAUACAAAAUCCUAAUUUCUUGCAACAGUUAGUUCAGCAGAAGGAAUGGAGAAAAGAGUUAGAGGAAAUUUUUUCUAAGAAGAGAAGGAGAACUAUUGAUCAAGGGCCUAGUAAUGUUGAAGCAGGUGAUGAAUUAGGAUAUGUUGAUAAAGAGUGCUUAAAUUUUGUCAAACUCGAAACACAUCAAGAUGUUGAGGAAGAUUCCAAUCAAAUCAAUCAACUUGAAGUAAGAGAUAAAGAGAUCGAUAUUGAAGUGUUUUGGCAAGAUUUGUUUAAAGAGGGUAUUGAAGAUGAAGUGGAUAUUGAAGAUGUUGAUGUAUUGGCUGAGCAACUUGGUUAUCUUGCCUCUAGUCCUCCUAAAUAGGAAGCUUUUAUCAAAACUUGGCUGCAUUCCUGACUUCUUCUAGUUUGCUUCAUUGAUUAAUGAUUUAGCAGGUGACUGUAUUUUCUUUUGUUACAUACAUACCUAAGAAUAUGCAUGCAUGGAAGCUGACUUUAAUCUCUUGUGUUUCUUAAGGCUACAUUUUGAUUGGCUAACCGUAUAACCCUGACAUUUCAAA